AUGAAACCCAUACAUAGCUCGCCUAAACAGUUGCAGAGAAUGCUGCUAGCCCUCCAAAAUUACAAUCUCAACGUGCAGUACAAGAAAGGCAAACUCAUGUGGAUAUUGGACACCCUGAAUCGUUCAUAUCGAAACACAACAGUAUCAUGGCGUCAUGACACUACUGAGGUACGGUCCCUGGAAGAGACCGACCAUGCAGAGAAUCUGCCUAUUUCUCCAGACAGACUCAACCAGUUUAAGUGCGAAACACCGUCAGAUAAAACCAUGCAGAGUAUCAUCGUCGCGAUAAAUAAUGGCUGGCCUACAUCCAAGAGACAGUCCAGUCACGACUUGGCACCGUUCUACGACAAAAGAAGUGAACUAGUGGUUGAUAAUGGACUAGUUUUCUGGAGAACGCUUAGUAGUUCCCACAUCAAUGAGAAAAGAAAUGCUGACGCAGAUUCACCGAUCUCAUAUUGGCAUAGAAGGAUGUCUUCGGAGAACCCGUGA